AUGCCUUUGCCCAAGAGCAAAGAUUUCGAGAUUGCCAUCAUUGGCGGUGGGAUAUCGGGAGUUAUUCUCGCCAUCUCUCUUACCCAACGCAAUAUUCCAUGUACCAUCUACGAGAAGGCACAUGCUUUUGGCGAAAUCGGUGCGGGGUUAGGUAUAUCUCCUAAUGCGAUACCGGCAAUGAAGCUUUGCGAUCCGAGCAUUUACGAGGCUUUUGAAAAGGUGGCCCAGCCAGUGUUGCAAUGGGAUUUUCUUGACGGCUCAGCAGAGGAUAAUCAUGAUCAAGUUGUUUUUUCUCUGGGAGACACCGGAAUCGGUUCGAGAGGUUGCCACAGAGCCCAUUUCCUUCAAGAGCUGUACAGACUUCUUCCCGACGGUAUCACCCGUUUCAACAAGCAAUUGGACAGUAUCGAGGAGUCUCGUGUUACACCUGGGAAGCUUCGAGUUCUAUUCCACGAUAGUACUGUGGAAGAGGUGGAUGCGGUGAUCGGAUGCGAUGGGAUUAAGUCGCGUACUCGCGAAAUUGUCGUCGGGCAAAACCAUCCAUCUGCAACUAGUGGAUAUACGCAUAAGUUUUGCUACCGAGGUCUGAUACCAAUGGACCAAGCUAUCGAAGUUGUUGGGAAAGAAAGAGCAAUGGCCGCCAACAUGUGGCUCGCUGAGGACUUGCACCUCAUCACUUAUCCAAUAGCCGAAGGCAGCAUUUGUAAUGCAGUCAUGUAUCGUACGGACAGAGACAACUGGCCCAGUCAGACGCAAUACACUCUCCCAGCGAGGGAAGAGGAUCUCUAUUCCGACUCCGAUGGUCUCAAUCCUCGGCUUCGACAACUGAUCAAAAGGAUGAAGACAGUUGACCGAUGGGGAGUAUUCGAUCUUGCGGAUCACCCGGUCCCAACCUUCGCCAAAGGACGAAUUUGUCUAAUCGGCGAUGCAGCUCACGCGAGUACGCCACAUCAAGGUGCAGGCGCAGGUAUUUGCAUCGAGGAUUGUGCUGUUCUUGUGGCAUUGCUGGCCGAUGAGCGAGUUCAAAACAACAGCGAACUCACUGCGGCUUUUGCUGCCUUCGAUGCGAGUCGUAGAGAAAGGGGACACUGGUUAGUAGAGAGCAGUCGAAGGGUGGGGCAGUUGUAUGAAGCUCGCUCUGGUAUUUCGCAGGAUUUUCUCGAAACCGAACGAGAACUCAAAGCUAGGGCAGAAAUCGUGUGGAACUUUGACAUUCAAAAGAAUAUCAAAGAGAGCUUGAAUGAUUUGGAAAAGCGCCUAAACUCCGGGACAGGGGGGACAAACGAUACACAGGGCCAAACGAGGGUAGAUUUGUAG